UGACACUCAGGAAAUGCUUGUCUCCUGCUGUUGAUGCAUAAUCUGAGAGUACUAUGGAUCAUGCUGAAGAAAAUGAAAUCCUCGCAGCAAGCCAGAGGUACUAUGUGGAAAGGCCUAUCUUUAGUCACCCGGUCCUCCAGGAAAGACUGCACAAGAAGGACAAAAUUUCGGAUUCCAUUGGGGAUAAGCUGAAACAGGCAUUCACAUGUACUCCUAAGAAGAUACGAAAUAUCAUUUAUAUGUUCCUGCCCAUAACAAAGUGGUUACCAGCAUACAAGUUCAAAGAGUAUGUGUUGGGUGACUUGGUCUCAGGUAUAAGCACAGGGGUGCUUCAGCUUCCUCAAGGGUUAGCCUUUGCAAUGCUCGCUGCCGUACCUCCGGUGUUUGGCCUGUACUCUUCGUUUUACCCUGUUAUCAUGUAUUGUUUUUUUGGAACCUCCAGACACAUAUCCAUAGGUCCAUUUGCUGUGAUUAGCCUGAUGAUUGGCGGUGUGGCUGUCCGAUUAGUACCAGAUGAUAUAGUCAUUCCAGGAGGAGUGAAUGCGACCAACGGGACAGAAGCGAGAGAUGCCUUGAGGGUGAAAGUUGCCAUGUCUGUGACCUUACUUUCAGGAAUCAUCCAGUUUUGCCUAGGUGUCUGUAGGUUUGGAUUUGUGGCCAUAUAUCUCACAGAGCCCCUGGUCCGGGGGUUUACCACCGCAGCAGCUGUGCACGUCUUCACCUCUAUGUUGAAAUACCUGUUUGGAGUGAAAACAAAGCGGUACAGUGGGAUCUUUUCAGUGGUGUAUAGUACAGUUGCGGUGUUGCAGAAUGUUAGAAACCUCAACGUGUGUUCUCUAGGCGUCGGGCUGAUGGUUUUUGGUUUGCUGUUGGGUGGCAAGGAGUUUAAUGAGAGAUUUAAGGAGAAAUUACCUGCACCCAUUCCUUUAGAGUUCUUUGCGAGAAGAGUAGAAUGUGUCAAGGGGAACUUUCACAAAUAUGCUAAAAGAAAGGAAAUCUAUGAGAGUGUAGACGGGGAUGAUUUUCAAAGUCGAGGUGAAGGCCAUCCGCUGCUGCCUCCAGCCAACCCGGACACCAGCCUCUUCCACCUUGUGUACGUGGAUGCCAUCGCCAUAGCCAUUGUUGGAUUUUCAGUGACCAUCUCAAUGGCCAAGACCUUGGCAAAUAAACAUGGCUACCAGGUUGAUGGUAAUCAGGAGCUCAUUGCCCUGGGACUGUGCAAUUCCAUUGGCUCACUCUUCCAGACUUUCUCCAUUUCAUGCUCCUUGUCUCGAAGCCUUGUUCAGGAGGGAACUGGAGGGAAGACACAGCUUGCAGGUUGUUUGGCCUCGCUAAUGAUUCUGCUGGUCAUAUUAGCCACCGGAUUCCUCUUUGAAGCAUUACCCCAGGCUGUGCUGUCGGCCAUUGUGAUCGUCAACCUGAAAGGAAUGUUUAUGCAGUUCUCGGAUCUCCCCUUUUUCUGGAGAACAAGCAAAAUAGAACUGACCAUCUGGCUUACCACUUUCGUUUCCUCCCUGUUCCUGGGACUGGACUAUGGUUUGAUUACAGCUGUGAUCAUCGCUCUGCUAACUGUGAUUUACAGAACACAGAGUCCCAGCUACAAAGUCCUUGGGCAGCUUCCCGACACAGAUGUGUAUAUUGAUACAGACGCAUAUGAAGAGGGAUAAAUAGAUAUUCCUGGAAUUAAAGUAUAUAUUUACCAAAUACUGAAACUGAGAGGAUG